UACUCAGUCGACGUGUGUGUGGGCGAGAAUGGCACGGUUUUUCACCAAAUUCUUAAGGGUGGUACCACUGUGAACAGUAUACAAUUUUACCAUCUGGAAUCGGAAAAUUCACACUAGCGUCGCGAACGUGUGUCUAGCUUCGUCGUGCUUUUAUGUAAUUUACGUUUCGAGACCGUUGAUUCGAACUUUUAGCGUCAGAACAAUAGAAAACAGUCGAGCAUGGAUUCCACACCAUACACAUGGUGCAUUUGUAUAGUUCUACUAUUCAUCGAAAUUAACGCAGUUCCACUGAAGAAAAGCUCUUCUGGAGGCGAGAAUGCGAACCAGAAUAAUUUAUCGGAAUACGAAAAACAGCUAGAAGAUGAAGAUGUGCGUGAACUGAAAAAUUUAAAGUCAUCUGACGGAAUUUCUCUAAGUGCUUCUAAAUCGCAGAAAUUUACCGGUACUAAUGUCAACGGUAGAAAAGAACAACACGCUGAAAUCAGCCAACAAUUAAACAAAAACGGAGAAUUAAUGGAACGAGUUCAGCAAAAAAUCGAUUCGAAGCAAGAAUCGGAAUCGGUGCAGCCGAAAACGCAAGUUCUCACCGAAAUCGAAAUCGCUCCCAAAAGUAAUCAUAAAUGGUCUCAAGAUGAUGUGCAAAUACGAGACAACUUUCAAAAGAAAAUGGCACCCGUCAAACAGAAGCACUGGAGCGCGGAUAACGCCGCUGCUAAUAAUUUGCUGGACCAAUUCAAAAUGAAAACUGUCGUAAAAUACUUACCGGUAGAAAUGGCUGAUUACAUUUAUCAAACCGGAGAUGAGAGAUCUGUUACGAUGGCCAUUGAAAACUAUUUACGUCUCGGAAUUAUGGAUAGAGAUGAAGCCAUAGCUUAUUUACAAGAAAUCAAAUCUAUUUUGAAUACAAUAAAGGAGAAUGAUUUACGUGAUAAGAAACAGGAGCAGCAAAGACGUUACAUGGAGAUGUACGAAAAUUCGCGUAAUAAUAGAGUCGACAUGAAUCAAGCGUUGUCUGAUUUGAAAGAUAUUCAACAAUUAAUACAGAAUAAAUUCCUGAAAAGAGCGUACACUCUGGAUAAUUUCGAAAAUCAAAAUACUCGUUACCGAUAUAAUAAUAAAGAUGAAGUUGAAGCUCCAGAGAAUUAUAUUGACGAAGGUGUACAGUUCCGGUUCUCAGAAAAAGACUAUAAAAACUUGGCUGAGAAGUUACAGGGUUUUGAAAGUUUGUUUUCCGAGUCGUCGAUGGAAGGUGUUAUUUACGAGUUAGCCAAAGUGUUAUUCUAUCAGUCGUUUUCGAUGAAUGGUCUUGAAGCUCAAGAAUCACUCAAACAAUUCACAACAUUUUUAGAAACACAAGUAGACGAAGGACAUAUUUCACCAAAUAUUGAACGUAAAGUUUUAGAUAUUUUACUAGCUGCAUUAACUGAUACGUUGAACGAACACCCAGAAAUAAUGUACGGAAAAAGUGCAAUGGAACAAUUUCCAAAACAAUCACCCGGAACCGGUCCAUCUGUACCUAGUGGAUUUAAAAUAGUUGAAAAGAAAAGUGGUACUGGAAACAAGAAUCGACACGAUAAAAUGAAUCUCGAAGUAUCCGGUAUUCUGGACGAUGACAAGCAUUGAGAUUUCUUACCUACCUAAAAAUUUUCUACUAUGGUAGAGACAGUAUUUUCUUCCAGUGUGUUUAGUUCAAUACUAUUCUAACCAUUUGUGAUAUACUUUGAAAGUAAUGUUUGGAAACAAAAUUAUAUUUUAAGUUGAAACUUUGUCGAGUACCGUCGCGGGUUGAAAGGCAGAACUGCGUUUUUUAAAAUGUAUAUGUGAAUUAUUAUGUAAGUUAUUCUUAACGAUAUUUUUAUUAAAAUUUCGUACGUUAUCACAUCAAUAUUAUACCUGUAUGAGCGUGUAAUAACUUUGUAAAUUUAUCUUAUUACUUUUCCUCCCUUUUUUCUAUGUUUCAUUUUCAUUGAUUUAAAAACCAUCAUAUUGUAAUUUAUUAUUAAACAGGUUACCUAUAA